CAAAACUAAAGUUGCGGAAAGUUGAAACUCCUGAAGUUCAGCAAGAAAGGGAACGUUUGGGGAAAGAACGUUGCAGCCUGACGCCACAUUUUCUUCAUAUAUCAUCUCAAUAAAGUAAAGUAUGGCGACAGGCGUCCAACAUGACCUGAUGAAGCAGGCACAGUGCUUUUGGUCAAUGCUGGAUGAGCUUGCAGAGACCGAUGAAGAUGCAUACAGGAAGUUCAUGGCCACAAACCUCCAAAGAGGACAGCAAGAAUUGACACCGGCCAAGCCAUGGAUGUGUGUCAAGACCCGUAUCAUGGAUUAUACCAGGGUUGGACUACCGAAGCUGUCUGCAAGUAAACUGUGCCCACAUCACCAGCGCUAAAUGGCAGAACCACUGGAAGAGGGAGCCCAAAGACGAAAUGAGACACAAACGCCGCAGACACAAACUAGCCCUGGCCCAAGCACAGCACAAGACAGACAGGCAACUCCGACCCAAGAAGUACCGGCUGGUAACAAACAACCUUCCCAGCAGGAACCAACGCAACAACCACCGCGGCAACUACAGCCAAGACCGGGUGAGACACAAACUAACCCUGGUCCAAGCACAGCUGCGACCCAACAACUACCGGCUGAUGGAGUGAGGGAUGAUCAACAAACGACUCAGUCCAGCAGCAGACAGCCUUCCCAGCAGGAACCAACGCAACAACCACCACCGCAACUACAGCCAAGACCGGGUGAGACACAAACUAACCCUGGUCCAAGCACAGCUGCGACCCAACAACUACCGGCUGAUGGAGUGAGGGAUGAUCAACAAACGACUCAGUCCAGCAGCAGACAGCCUUCCCAGCAGGAACCAAUGCCACAACCACCGCCACAACUACAGCCAAGACCGGGUGAGACACAAACUAACCCUGGUCCAAGCACAGCUGCGACCCAACAACUACCGGCUGAUGGAGUGAGGGAUGAUCAACAAACGACUCAGUCCGGCAGCAGACAGCCUUCCCAGCAGGAACCAAUGCCACAACCACCGCCACAACUACAGCCAAGACCGGGUGAGGCACAAAUUAACCCUGGUCCAAGCACAGCUCCAUCCCAACAACUACCGGCUGAUGGAGUGAGGGAUGAUCAACAAACGACUCAGUCCGGCAGCAGACAGCCUUCCCAGCAGGAACCAACGCAACAACCACCGCCACAACUACAGCCAAGACUCGAUAAUGUCAUGAAAGCCCAGGAAGCAGACGCCAACGAGCGCGCAAAGAAGCGUAAAGCAGAGGCGACGGUUCUGAAAGAUCAGGGGAACCAAGCAUUCAAGAAGAGCGAUUACACACGAGCCAUUGAGCUCUACACGCAGGGCCUGGAACAUCUAAAAGACUUCGUGGUGCUGUACACCAACAGGGCACAGGCUUACAACAAAUUGGAAAAGUUUACAGAGGCAAUGGUGGACUGCCGGACUGCCUUGCAGUUGGAACCAAAUAACGUCAAGGCAUUGGUGCACCUUGGCAAGGCCCAGCAGGGACUGAAGGAUUACGAGGCGGCCGUUUCGACUUACCAAGAAAUCCUCAAUAUUGACGAGAAGUACGAGAACAUGGUCGCAGGCUACAUUGCAGCGGUGAAUCUAGCCGAGUCCACAGCCAAGUCUGAUAUGGAGGCUGAGAGGCUGUUCAGUGAGGGCGACGUCAAGGCAACGGGCGUUCAUGAGAUCGGACUCAGUGGCGUAGCAGACAGUCAAGCAGCUCUGACCCAACAACUACCAGAUGAUCAACAAACGACUCAGUCUGGCAGCAGACAGCCUUCCCAGCAGGAACCAACGCAACAACCUCCGCCGCAACUACAGCCAGGAGCGGGUAUCACUGACCCUGUUCUACGCAAGAUCUCUGAGAGGCUUGGCUCUGAAUGGCGGAAGCUGGCUACACAUCUCGGUUUAAGCGCUGCAGAGAUCGAGCGCAUCGUGAUGGAUAACCCAGGCCAGACAGAGAACCAGAUCUUCAACAUGCUGGUCAAAUGGAGGUGCCAACAAUCCACUAGCGUGGAUCAGAGGGACGUGUUAUGCACAGCUCUGAUGGAGAUCGGCAGAAGGGACAUUGUUGAAAACCUGUUAGGUAGGUAUCAGAAUGAACCACAUCAAUCAUUGUUUCAAUCGUAGCCUUGGUACAUAUGAUUGAAUGACAAAGCAAAACACCAUUUUUUUUCUGGCCAUUAAAAA